AUAUCUUCAUAGAACAGCCGGUGACACUGAAAGACGUUACCAUUUAAGAUAUUACAAAACAUGUAUGUGUGUACAUGAUACAGAUUCUAGAGGAUAUUGUGUAAAAAAUGGAUUACAUUGUGCUUUUGCUCAUGGAAGUCAUGAUCAUAGGCCACCUGUCUAUGAUAUUAAAGAAAUUCAAGCCUUAGAGGUAGCAGAGGCUGAAGGUAGUUGUUCUUCUAAUGGACCCAAUGCUCUAGAUAAAGAAAGAAAUUUAAUGAAUGAGGAUCCUAAAUGGCAGGACACAAAUUUUGUAUUAUCCAAUUAUAAAACGGAGCCGUGCAAACGACCUCCAAGAUUAUGUAGACAAGGAUAUGCUUGCCCUCAAUUUCAUAAUAGUAAAGAUAAAAGAAGAAGCCCUCGGAAAUUUAAAUAUAGAUCAACACCUUGUCCAAAUGUAAAACAUGGCGAAGAAUGGGGUGAACCAGGAAAUUGUGACGCAGGAGAUUUAUGUUCUUAUUGUCAUACAAGAACAGAACAACAAUUUCAUCCAGAAAUUUACAAAAGUACAAAAUGUAACGAUGUUCAACAAUCAGGAUAUUGCCCUAGAGGAGUAUUCUGUGCUUUUGCACAUGUAGAACAAGAACUUGGUGUUUCAAGAGAUACAGGUGAUAGUGGGACAAACCUAGCUGAAAUUUUAUCAAAUGCUCUUCCUCAAUCUGCAGAUAUUAAAAUAAAAGAAAAAAGCAGUGAUAGUUCUAAUGGUUGUAGUGAAGUUAGUGAAUCUUCUUCAACAUCUUCAGAGAUAGGUAAUUCAAUAUCAAAUUUAAGUAGUAGCUUAAUAAAUGUAACCACUGGAUCUUCAGCAGGAACAAGUAAAGCACCUGGAUCUCAAUUAACACAUAAACCAAUUCCUUUCCAAAGACACACCACGAUAAAUUUAGAAUUAUCUAAUAAAUUAAUGGCUAUUGAAAAAGAUCCUACCUUAGUUUCAGAUGCUAUAGAAAGAGAACAAAGAAAACAAAAUAUGUGUUAUGCUUAUAACAAUUUAGGUGGCCCAUUUUAUAGUGGAAGUGAUACUGUAGAAAGUGUAGUUGGAAAUGCGUUAGAUGAGUUAAAUUUAGAAGAUUCAUUAAAUCUCUCAGGAGCUUUAGAUAGGGAUAUAGAUGCAGAUUCUCCAACAGUUUCAAAUUCAAUAUCCGUGGGAUUGGCAUCAUCAGCUGGAUUAUUAGGAAGUUCGGCUCCAGUUAACAUUCCAAGUUCUACAAGAUCAGGCCUAAGCGGUUUUAGCCCAACUAGUAACAGCCCGUUACAACCAUUUCUUUCAGCAACUAGGUUUUCUCAGUCGGACCACAUUGAUUUUUUAAAUUCCCAAAUGCAGUUGAGUAGUAGUGCCUCAAAGGUCAACAACUACCCAAGUUUUUUUGAUUUUCAAUCUCAGAGUAUAUCUCCUAGUUCAAGGAAUCACAAUAAUUUCAGCAUGUCACCAAGUAUAAAUAGUAAUUUGGAGGUUGUGAGGUUGCGAGAGGAGUUAGCCAGUUGUAGAAUUCAAUUGAAUAAUUGGGAGGAUAGACUUCAACAAGCUCGUACUGCGUGUGACGUAUGGCAAAGGGAAGCAGAAGAGGCAACUAGGAAAACGCAACAAGCGGAAAGUAAAUUCAAUGAAACGUUAUCACAAUAUAAUGCUCUAAAGCAAGAAUAUGAAUCUUUACAAGGUGGUCCUCACAUACGCAGUAUAACAAAAGUGUCUGAAUUAAGUAAAUUAUCUUUAAGUGUAUUAAAAAAUAUUCAUGCUCAACUUAGGCAAGAUUUGGAAGAAAUCGAGAAAGUUCUUUAUAGGGAAACAGCGUCAAAAUGUAUGGUUUGUGAGGAACGGAAUAGAACAGUAACCUUAAAUUGUAAUCAUUUUGUAUUGUGUGAUACUUGCGCCAGUACACAAGAUGAAUGUCCCUAUUGUCAAACGCCCAUCAAUUUAAUCAGUAAUAUUUGAAAGUGUGGUAAUUAGGCUUGUAAGUGACCUGUCUAGAUUCCUCAUAUUAUUUGUUAACAAAUUUUGUAAAAGGAUAUGGAGGAUAUUCUAGACAUUUUGCUUACAAUUAACAAAUUUUUAAAUUGAUAAUUAAUUUAAUAGGUUAUUUCAAUUAUUAAUUUUAUCUUAUAGACACGAUUUUUUAAAAAAUCUUCUGAUAUACUACUAUCACUACUUAUAUUCAUAAGUACCUUUUUAAAUAGAAUUUUUAAGAAUUUAUAUAUUUAAUAUUUCCAUAUUAAAA